UCGAAAUUGGUCAUUAUAACGUGUCGUUAGAGGUUAGGACUAUUUAAGGCUUAAUGAUCUCAGAGAGGGAGUGUUGAUUGUUCCCGGUGUUGUUAAUGCGAUGAUUGGGCCACGGCCAGUCGCUCCCUACUCGUCCAGUCUCGUUGCCGAAUUGUCAAAUGACAUUUACACUUUAGUGCCCGAAAACCAGCGCUUACUAUAUUAAAAUUACGCUCCAGGCUGCCACAAUGAAGUUUAUUGUGCCAUUUUGUCUUUUGACAUGUCUCGCCUUGGUGCAUGGAGCUCCAUCAAUGACAGAUGCACAAUUAGAACAGACGCUAGCUGACAGAAAUACUAUGCAGAGACAUUUGAAAUGCGCGCUGGGGGAGGGGCCAUGCGACCCCGUUGGUGUGAGACUUAGAACGUUAGCGCCGUUGGUCCUUCGAGGCGCUUGUCCACAAUGCUCCCCGCAGGAGACAAGACAGAUACGACGCACUCUGGCGUACGUCCAGAGAAACUAUCCAUGGGAAUGGGCGAAGAUCAUCAGUCACAUUGUUAUCGCUCUUUGUGCGUUGGCGGCGACUUGCCUUGCGCAAACACAGACCGACAGGCCCGCGGUCUCUGACACGGCUCUGGAGGAAGCUCUAAAUGAUAAACGUUUCAUACAAAGACAACUGAAGUGCGCUCUCGGUGAAGCGCCUUGUGAUCCAAUCGGCAAACGUCUUAAAACACUAGCGCCAUUGGUCCUUCGCGGCGCGUGUCCGCAAUGCUCGCCGCAAGAGACAAAACAAAUUCAGCGCACGUUGUCUUACGUACAGAGAAACUUUCCGCAACAGUGGGCCAAGAUCGUGCGCCAAUACUCCGGCUGAACAUUAUUAUUAAAUUGUAAAGAGAAACGCGUUAUCAAGGCUGAAUGUAAUACUUUGUGUCCAGUGUCAACUUGUAUUUAUAAUUGAAAAAACUGUUUCCGUUAAAGUAAUUACAAAAAUUGGCUGUAAUUUAACCUGUAGUAUGUUAUGGCAGUACAUGUUUUGUACACCAAUAAACCAAAUUUAUGAUGGAUCUAUAGAUAUGUCGUACCUCAAUUGCGAAACAAAAGUUUAUUUCCAUUUUUAUUAACUAAUUCUGAAAUACUAAAAUGUUAUUUUACAAAACCUUUGAACACAAAUGUACUUUUGAACUUUUGUAAUUAAAUACAUUAUGAAACUACAUACGAGAAGAUUUUAAAUAUUGGUAUACUAAAGGCCUGUCCCACUAAAUUGUAAAUUGUCUGAUAACAAUCCAACGUGUAAAAUAUGUAAUAGAAAUGUUGGAUUUUGUUCCCUUAUUUGACAAUGACGUCAUUUCUAAUGUAUCUGAUCUUCUAUCAGCCAGUGGUGGGACAGGCCCUAAAAGUUUUUAAAAUGAGGAAAAUCAAUAUAACUAUUUAUAGCAUUUCACGAACAAUCUGUACUUAAAAAAUAUUUGUUAGAAGGAAUUCAUUAAGCAAAAUUUUACGUAUUUUAGUUUCUUCCGAUUUUUGCAAAUGUAUUAAAUUAAUAAUGACAAAGUUAUUAGAAUUAGAUGAAAUAUUUUUAGAAAGUAACUAAGUAUAAUGAAGUAGAUGUAUUAGUAUAUUUGUCAAGUAUUGUAACUAAUUUAAGUGUAAUAUAUUGUUUUAAAAAUAAUAAAUCACGAGAUAUUAAA